AUGUCAGGAGCCUCUAAGGAAGAUUUGGGACCUCAGCGUCUGCCAGUGUUGGGCAAGGCCUGCUUAACCACAAUGGACAAAAAGCUUAAUAUGUUGAAUGAAAAGGUGGACAGACUCUUGAAUUUCCAAGAAGAUGUCACAGAGAAACUGCAGUAUGUGUGCCAAGGGAUGGGCCACCUAGAACAAGGUCUGCACCGGCUGGAGUCCUCCCAAGGGGUCAACAGUGCUCCUCCAGCUGAUGGCCAGACUGACUGGCCUGAGGUCCUGGAGCUGGUGAGGGGUAUACAGCAAGAUAGUGCCCAGCAUGGCACUAGACUUGAAGCCUUCUUCAGGAUGGUGGUGGCUGUAGAGAGGGCCAUGGCAUUCGUGCAGGCCACAUUCCAGAACUUGAAGGUGGUGGAUUUCGUUAUGCAAGGCAAUGUCCCCUGGAGAAAAGGCAGCCUGAGUGACGGUCCCGAGGAGAACAAAGAACAAGUGGAAGAAAAGGGAGCAAAGCCAAAACACAUACUGAACACCAGAGGUGUGCAAGCAGACCUCAAGGGGCCUUGGGAAGGAACAUUUUUUUCUCCCUCUCUGCCCAGGAUUUCCAUUGAUAUGCAAGAGAUGAAUACACCUAGGGAGCUGCUUAUUACACAAGGGGGCAGCCUCAGAUCCACUCCCCCUGUAGGGGCUAACGCAGCUGUCCAAUCAGGUGAAAAGGACCUACCUGGGCCCAGGUGCUACUCCAAAGCUCCUGGGGCUGAAUUAGAAGAAGUCUCAAAAGGAACUGAAGAGUUUCCCUCAUUACAGAAGAGAAACAGUGAUGAGAGAGCAAAUGUAGAGGAAAAGCAAGGGCAUGGGUCUGAGCCUGUCAUGGGACCAACCUUGGCCCAAAGAAACAAGAAAGAUGCUGCUGACAAGACCCCAGGCCUGCAGCAAGACAAAGGCCCAGGGAUAGGAUACCACGAGCCUGAAGAUUGUGUAGCCAGGGACUCUGUGAGAGCUAAAGCUGGAGGAAAGAUGUACCCAGGUGCUAAGGCUGGCGGCAUGGUUCUGGAUGACAGCUCAGCCCCACCAGCCCCUUUUGAACACCGGGUGGUGAGUGUCAAGGAGACCUCCAUCUCAGCAGGCUACACGGUGUGCCAGCAUGAAGUUUUGGGAGGGGGUAGGUUUGGCCAGGUCCACAAGUGCACAGAGAGGUCCACAGGCCUGCCACUGGCAGCCAAGAUCAUCAAAGUGAAGAGUGCCAAGGACCGGGAGGAUGUGAAAAAUGAGAUCAGCAUCAUGAACCAGCUCAGCCAUGUGAACCUGAUCCAGCUCUAUGACGCCUUUGAGAGCAAGAACAACUUCGCUCUCAUCAUGGAGUAUGUGGAUGGUGGUGAACUCUUUGACAGGAUCACAGAUGAGAAGUACCACUUGACAGAACUUGAUGUGGUCUUGUUCACCAAGCAAAUCUGUGAGGGUGUGCAUUUUCUCCACCAACACUACAUCCUGCAUCUGGACCUUAAGCCAGAGAACAUUCUGUGUGUCAAUCAGACUGGACACCAAAUUAAGAUCAUUGACUUUGGUCUGGCCAGAAGGUACAAGCCCCGGGAAAAGCUGAAGGUGAACUUUGGCACUCCUGAGUUCCUGGCCCCAGAAGUCGUCAACUAUGAGUUUGUCUCAUUCCCCACAGACAUGUGGAGUGUGGGCGUCAUCACCUAUAUGCUGCUCAGUGGUUUGUCCCCAUUUCUAGGGGAAACAGACACAGAGACCAUGAAUUUCAUUGUGAACUGCAGCUGGGAUUUUGAUGCUGACACCUUUGAAGGGCUGUCAGAGGAAGCCAAGGACUUUGUUUCCAGGUUGCUUGUCAAGGAGAAAAGCUGCAGAAUGAGUGCCACACAGUGCCUGAAACAUGAAUGGUUGAAUAACUUGCCUGCCAAAGCCUCAAAAUUCAAAGUUUGUCUCAAAUCCCAACUAUUGUUGCAGAAAUACAUGGCCCAGAGAAAAUGGAAGAAACAUUUCUACGUGGUGACUGCUGCCAACAGGUUAAAGAAAUAUCCAGCUUGUUCUUAAUCUUCUACUCUGCAACUCCAGUGACAGAAAUUAUUGAGGCCAGUGGUAAUGUGAAGAGAUGACUCACAAAUUUAAAUAACCUGGCCCUUUAUUAU